CGCGCCCGGCGGCUGGGCUGCGGGGUCCACGGAUCCCUCAUCCGUGUCGGCGUGUGCCCGCCCCGGGUGCCCUGCCCUGUGCCACCCUCCCGCUGCCGCCCUCCCUGUCCUCUCCAUCCUCUGCCUCUGGCUGUGCCGCAUUCGCCGCCCCGUGGCCUUUGGGCUGCUCGAGCGACCUACGCGCUCGCCGGGCCCGCAGCAAGAAACGUGCCCGCCUCGCCGCGCCCGUCAGCUGGCGCCUCGCCGCGCCCGGCAGCCGGCGCCCUGGUCGCGCGGAGCCGCGUGCCCGCGGCUCCGCGGCCUGGAGGGCGCGGAGGGCGACGUGCACGAUCGGCGCUCACGCACGCGCGCGCCGAACGGCUGCGCGCGACAGCGGGGCCACUCCUGCACGCGCGCGCGGCCGAGCCGAUGGAGGGCGCGAGGGGCGUGUUGGCGCACCAGCGCCGCGCGGGCAGGGGAGUCGCUGCUGGCCUGAUCAGGCACGUCCCGGGCAUGUCGUGGAGGGCGGGCACCAGCUCGUGGUAUCCAGUGCGACCAGUGCGGCCUCCGCGGCCACGGUGAGCGCUGGCACUGCGCCCGGCAUUACCGCGACGUCUGCCGCGGCUGCGCGGCAGUCUCCGCGGGCUGCCUGUGCCAGGCCUGUGGCAUCAGCAGCGCGGCGCUGGACGCCCGUCUCAGCCUGGAGGACUUCGUCGCGGUCCUGUCGCGGGCCGGCGGCGGGGCCACUGCGGCCGACGUCGAGGUGUGCUUCCAGCGCAUCGUCGGAGACGACGGGCUUGCUAGCGUGAACGACCUCGUGUCCUUUGUGUGCCCAGGGUACCCGGAGAGUCAGAAGAAGCGCCCCGACUGGGACGACGGCGUCAGGGAGCAGCUCAGGUCGGCCUCGUCGACCAGGGCUUCAGACAUCGACUCCUCGCCUCUGUAGAGCGUGCGCUCCCAGAUGACCGUGGGAAGGGAGGGCUCAUCUCGCCGUUCGACAUCACGCCAUCGAGGACUCCGACGCCGGCUCCUUCUGCGCGGCCGUGCUCAAGGAGGCGUGCAAGAACGAGCCGCUGAGCCGCUUGUAGCAGCGCUCGCGAACCCGCGGGCGAGGUUAGCUGGCGCCGGCUUGGGCGCCCGGAGGUGCUGCCCCUCCCUCCUUUUCCCUCCCCUUCUUCCCCCUCCUCUUCCUCUUCCGCCUCUUCCUCUCUAUCUGAGGCGCCCGCGCCGCGGGGAAGAGGAAAAGUAACGAAUUUCCCCCCCUCGGUUGUGCGCGCCAGCAGCUCUGGGGCCGGAACAACCGCCCCAAUUUCCGCCCCUCGGGGGAGUGGCCAGCUUGGCGGCGUGCGGAUGCACGGUGGAGCUUCGUUGCUCGGCGUUGUGUCCUCUGCUCCCCUUUCCCUCCCUUCCUGCCUUCCCCUCCUUUCCCUCCCUCCUUUCUCCUCCUCCGACUUGUGCGCCUGGCACUCGCUGCCGUCCCAGAAGGUCGCUUUUGAGCAACUUGUCACACGCACUUGGCAGGCACGGGCCGUCUAGACUGUUACUGUUUAUGUUGAGUUUCUUGCCCCGCCGCCCCCUCCUGGAGUCGAAACUGUGUGCGCUUUGUUUUUUCUCUUGGGCCAGGCGACGGGGCCUGGCGCUCACGAGGUGCGAUUUAAGCUGCCUCUUCCAUAGCUGUGGUCGGGUGGGCGGUCUCAGGGUCCGGAGCGCCCUCCAGGCCCCAAGCGCUCAGCUCGAGCGCUCCUCUCCUCCUCUUCCUCUUUCUCUUCCUCUCUCUCUCUCCCGCUCCUUCCUCUUGAGGUGUGCCAGCUUUUCCAGCCGUGGAGUGCCACGGGAAGUCACGAUGAGGCCGCGCACCGAGUCCGUGACAGGGGAUUCGCUGUGCGGAGGCCCAGUCGGUCUGUCCCAGCCGCGUGGCCGAUAGAUUGCGCGCGCGGCAGUUCCCCCUUCUCCGCCUUUCUCCCUCUUCCGCUCCCUCCUCUCUUGGUGUGCCGGCCCAUCCGGCAGUGCACUGCAACGGAAAGUCUCGAUGAGGCCGCGCACCGAGUCCAUGACAGGCGAUUCGUUGAGCGGAGGCCCAGUGGCUCUGUCCCGGCCGCGUGGCCGAUAGUCUGCGCGCGCGGCAGUUCCCCCUUCUCCCUCUCCUUCUCCCUCCGCGUCUUUCCUCCCGGAGGCGGUGCGCUGGCUAGCCCCUCUGGGGUGGGCCUGCUCUCCGCCUCCUCUCCUUCUCUCUUCCUCCUCCCCCCUCAGGCGUGCCUGUCGAGGGCAUGGUGCCCACCGCGAUCCAUCGCGCAUCGGCGGCAGGUUGCAAGAUUCACUCGGCAAGUCGCCCCCGGACGGCGUUUAUGCUUUCGGCGGUAUUUGAACGAAUUCGGUAGUUUCGACUUCGCUUUGUUCUCCUGCUGCCGCUGCCGCUGCUGCUGCUGCUCCUCUUUCUCCUCUGGCGUUCCGAUUGUGCGGCAUCCGUGCCUUUGAACUUGGUGUUCGGCCUGCUUGGCGAUGCGUCGUGGCUUUAGUCACUUCGCCUGGGCGCCCUGGCUGUCGCCACGGGUCGUUGAUACGAUUGGGUGAAAUUCUUGCGUCCUCCGCCCUCUGCUCCCCUCGUUUGUUCCCAUCCAGGGUCCCGCUUCUCUUGGCCCGCUGAUCCGCCAAGGACGUCUCACCGAGCCUUCGGCCAGUGACCGAGCCAGGAGGAGGCCGAGGUGCUCGAUGCCACAUCGGCGCGCCGCGCGUGUGCCGGGCGGCGGCAGCGAGCUCUGCUCAUGGGGAGCGUAGUGCUCGCUUUUGGGCGGAGCGUGGACGGAACCAGCGCGGUCUUCGGCCCAUCUCACCACCGAGCUUAAAUUUUGGAUUUCGGGCGCGUUCGGAACGGUUGAGGGCACGGUGACGGAUUCGGGGCCAUCGGUGAGCUGAAGGCACCCCACUAUUUGCCAGAGGCAUUGUGGCGGGCAUGUCCUUUGGCGCGCACGCCCCUCAAGGGAGCAAGAUGUCCAGCGGUUGGAGGCCGCGGAGGCGCGGUUUCGUGUUUUGAGCGAUGCACGCGUCCGCCAGAGUUGCGCUCGCGCGCGUGCACGCGUGUGUGCGCUGGUACGCACGUCAUUUAGGUCUUUCAAGCUGUUGCACUCUUUUCCAGAAUCAUCGCGCAAUGCCAUUCUGUACACGCGCAAGCAUCUUAGGAUCUACCUUCGGUGACCUCCGAGGCAGCCAGGGGCGCUCGAGAGCAACCGUGCUGCCUGCCUGCCUCAAUCCCCCAAUUCGUUGUGUAUCAGCAGUUUGUUGACCUCGCGUCUCGGUGGUUAGAUGAUUUUGCUUGCGACCCGCUCGCCUGCCCCCUCGCCUGCCUUCGGGGCCGUCCACGAGGAGGGUGAUGGCCAGGGGUGCGUGGGGAUACAAUCGUGGCCCAGGGCACGAAAUCUCCAUGUGUUCAUGGUGCCCCCUCUUCUCUCAGCACGCUCCCUGGCCCCCCCCCUCGGCGCAUCCGGCGCCCGUGCCAUGCUGAGUUUCUCCUGUUGCCUCUCGCACCCAGAGCGGGGAUGUGUCCAUGUCCCCGCCUCGCAUACCGUGUGCUGUUUCGCUGCCGCUCUCGUCGUGGUGGUGGUCGUCGUUUUCCUCCGCACUGGCAUGACCACUUGCCGUAAGUUGGAGACAGGACGCAAUCAGGGCCAGCCGCCCCUGCAGCAGCCCGCUCGCUGCGGCGAAUCGCGCCCGUCGGGCUGAUCCCUUCGCCGUUUUCCGCGCGGCGCGUGGUGCGCGGCCGAGCCGUGGACCCCAGAAAUAGCUUGGGC